AUGAGUCGUUUUGGAUCAGACAGACAAGAAAUUUACCCGAGAUCAUCUACCACUUUCUUCACAGAGGAGCAGUAUCACAUUUCAUCCGGUUGUUCACAACCAACACUUUAUUGCCGUACUUCGUAUUGCCGAUUUAUGCAUUUAUUCCGUCCUUUGAUAAUAUAUUUGCUGAUUGCUUUAUGCUUCAUUACUACUAAUGCAUCACUUUAUCCACCUGUUAUCAUCGGAAAUGCCGAUUUCCGCGAAUAUAAAGGUCAGCAAUAUAUUGAGAAGAAGGCUGGCGAGAUAUUGGAAUUGAACUGCUCAGCAAUGGAAGCCGUUAAAUGGAUAUUGCCUGAUAACUUUCUCCAUAUUGGAUUCGACCCUGUGGAGAGAGCAGGAAGAGUCAUAGAGAACGGUUUUGAUAUCGGAUUUCGGAGUUUACGGAUAGAACCUCUGAAAAGGUCAGAUACGGGUGAAUAUGUGUGUGCUGCAGAGCAUUCCGGAUUAAGUUCUUCCAUAUAUGUGUAUGUAUCUAAUAGAAAAAAUGGGAAGUCAGUUAAAGCUGGAUCGUUCCUGAAUUCUGGUCCCCUAAUUAUUUCCAAAUCACUCCGAGGAGUUAAUGUGAUCUUACCAUGCAGAACAGAUGAAUUCAUUGAAAGUGGUGUGGAGUUGUUCAUUAAUCACGUAAAGCAGACUAAAGGAAUUCAAUUUGAUCCAAGGAUUGGAUUCGUUGUAGAUCGAGAUCUUCUCAAUGAUCGUAUGGAGAUACUGGCUCGUUGCGAAUAUUUAGGCCAUAUUUCAGAAAUGGUAAUAGUACCGAUAAAAAAUGAUGAAGAGUUGGAAGGCUCUCCAGUGAUUGAAGUGUCGACUGAGUGGCCUUACAUUAGACAGGAAUUGAAAAUGAACUGUACAUUUCACACAAGAGACGGAUUUAGAUAUAUGCUUACCUGGAAAUGUCCUCAAUGUGAAGAUGAGACGGGUCAUGUCAUUUCAAAUCGUUAUGUGAAAAUUGGCGAUGCUAUCAGGAAACUGUUGUUUAUUGAAGAUUUGCGUGAGACCGAUUCUGGUGACUAUGAAUGCAUAGUGACAAAUAAGGAUGAUGUUCAUGAUGUUCGACGUAGUAUGCAUCGAUUGCAAGUGUCACCCACAAAGGGGCAGCUGAAAGUGGUGGAUUUUUCGGAAAAUACUAAUUUCGAAGAGGGUAACACUGUGAGGUUGUUCCAUAUAGCAAGAGCGUUUCCAAGCGAUGAAUAUAAUUCUGAAUGGAGAAAGUAUUCGAAAACGAUAUCAUCCGGAGGAGAGUUCAUGGAGAAAAUCGAAAAAGGCGUUAGGAGUAAAGAGAAUGCAGAUCUUCAUGAAGACGAACUAUCAAUCGUUAAUGCCGCCGUUGAUGAUACUGCGACCUACCAAUUAGUGAUAAGAGUGUCACAAGAUUAUGUUUAUCGCAAAAAUUGGACAUUGUCCAUUCGUCCCAUCGAUAUUCAACCAUACAUUUCUAUUCAAAAUCAAUUCGGUCAACUUCUAUCAUCUAAUGUGCUAAUUGAUUCGAAAAUAAUUGUUACAUGCGUGGUAAAAGAUAUGAAGCCUCGCAAGUUACGCCUACUAUAUAUAACGAGAGGUGGAGAUUGGGAAGAGCCUGAUGACAGUGAAGAAUUGUCUGGUUUCACUUUUGAAUCCGCUAUAAAAUGGAUAACAUAUGCGAAGGAACAUAUGCGAAUACGUUGUGAAGAUGAUGAAACUAAUAAGAUGGAUGAAAAGGAUUUGGUCAUCUCAGAAGUGGAGACAAUUAACGCAUAUUUUAUUGCCAAAAAGCCAGUUGAUUUACUUAAUGAAGACAAUAGUAUCUAUGAAAAAGAUCAUCUCGAGCUAAUUUGCAUACUUCCACUGAACGAUGAUUUUGAUGUUAGUUGGGUGCGAGAUGAUGUUCAAUUACCAUAUCCAGAACGAUAUGUUACCAUGUACUCUCAGAAAUUCAUAACGACAUUGGAUGAUAUUAGUUCGGGCGAGUCCGGAGAUUAUCAAUGCAUCGCCAAAUCGAAAAAUGAUCGCAUUUCUCGCAAUUAUACGUUGCACAUCGAAGUAAAUGCAGUAGUCGCUCCUUACAUCGUUGAAGCAAAUGAAGAAUAUGUGCAUCUGGCGAAAUAUGGAGAAAAAACAGAAUUUGUAUGUCCUAUUGAGGGGAAGCCAGAACCACUUUACAGAUGGCUUAAAAAUGGCAUUGAGUACAACGGCUACGACAGUUUGACGAAGAAAAUUGAUUUUCCCCGAGUUAUUAUCGAAGAUGAAGCAACUUACACAUGUAUUGCAAGAAAUCGCGCUGGUUCACAACAAUUAAUCGAUGAGCCAGCGUAUAUUCGGUUAUCAAAAUAUUGGUGGAUUAUUGGUUUUGCAACAGUAAGUGUAUUGGUGUUGCUCCUUCUAGCAUUUGUUUUUGCGUUGAAACAACGUCGCAAAGGUAAGCGGCAAGAGGAACAAUUGCGCACACUUUACAAUCAGUUGAUGAGGGAAUCGAAUGGAGAAUAUCAUGAUGGACCCAUUGAUCCGAAGCAACCACUGCAUGAGCGCGUUGAACAGUUACCCUAUGAUCGCAGAUAUGAAAUUAGCAAGGAUAAGCUAUUUUUUAAGCAGUCACUUGGUGGAGGAAAUUUCGGACAAGUCUACUUAGGUGAAUUGAACAAACCUCGAGUGAGUGAUUCGUUAGCUGUGUCACAUGUGCUGAAAGUAGCUGUAAAAGCUCCACGCGAUGGACGUAAUUUAUAUCAUCAGAAAGCACUUGCCGAUGAGCUGAAAAUAAUGAUCGCUAUUGGUAUUCAUCCGAAUGUUCUGUGCUUGAUUGGCGCUGUAACGAAACAAAUGUCGAGUGGGCAACUCUAUGUGAUCAUGGAAUAUUGCGAGAAUGACAAUUUGAAAGAUUAUCUGUCGAAAAAUAGUGCAGGUUUUUUGAAUGAAGUUGAAGUAAGUAAAGAACUGUUGAGCAGCGAUGGAUAUUUGGCACCAACGCGGAACGCACAACAUGAAGCUCAAAUAUACUUGGCAGAGUUAAAACCCCAAUGGGCCAUUGAAGUAGAUGAGGCACGUAUGGCUGAUAAAAUGAUCACCACAGGUGAUUUGAUCUCAUUUGGAUAUCAAGUUGCCAACGGAAUGGAGUAUCUAUCCAGCAAAACGUGUAUUCAUCGAGAUAUUGCUGCUCGAAAUAUCCUGGUAACAAAGAAGCGAGUCAUACGCAUAGCAGAUUUUGGUUUAGCACGUAAGGACUCCACAGUUUAUCACAUACGAAGUAGUCAAAAUGUACCCUUACCUCUCAAAUGGAUGGCAUUAGAAUCAAUUCUAUACCACAAUUUCACGGAACAAUCUGAUGUUUGGUCUUACGGUGUACUGUUAUGGGAAAUAUUUUCUCUUGGUAAAGUUCCAUAUCCACAAGUAGACAAUGACGAUCUUGUGAAUUAUUUGCAAGAAGGAAAUCGUAUGGAACAACCCAAACUUUCUCCAGAUGACAUAUAUAAUCUGAUGAGGCAAUGUUGGCUUUCGGAUCCUAAUAAUCGACCUACGUUCUCCGAAUGCAAAGUUUUAAUGAAAACACAUCUUUCGCGUGCUUCACCACCGCUGAGCACACGGCUUGACAAAAUGCUGGAAGAAGACCAAAUUUUGAUGGAAAAGUACAGUGAAUGGCGUGAUUCAGAGGAAAUUGAACAGGAUCUCAGGGCACAAGCUACUCGAAAUGGGUUUAUUGCUGUUCCAACUCAAGAACCACAAACAAAUUCCAAUAUAUACAUGUAG